AUGGCAGCAUCCAAUGUCACGGUGGCUCAAGGGCAUCUUGACAAGACCGACAUUGUCAGCCCUGAGUUUAAGAAAAUGGUUGAGGACGCCAAGGCCAGCAACGAGGCCGACGCGCAGCUAAAAGUUCGGGAGGCUCUCAAGAAAUACAAGGCUGCCAUGUUCUGGGCCAUGCUUCUGUCUGUGGCCUUGAUUAUGGAGGGUUUUGACGGCAACAUGAUGAGCUCAUUCUAUGGACAGGCGCAAUUCCAGGCUCGAUUCGGCACCUACAGUGAAAAAGAAGGCAAAAAUCUUAUCCCGACUCAGUGGCAGACAGGGCUGUCCAAUUCAUCCGCGGUCUCCCAGCUAGUCGGUCUCGUCAUCAACGCUUGGGCACAAGACAGAUUCGGAUCGCGCAAAACACUCAUGUUUUUCAUGGUCAUCAUGGCACUUGCUAUCUUCAUCCCUUUUUUCUCCACCAGUCUAACGAUGCUGGCCAUUGGUCAAUUUGCUUGCGGCAUCCCCUGGGGUGUCUUCCAGACGCUCAGCACAUCGUACGCCUCCGAGCUUGUACCGACCGUCCUACGGCCAUACGUCACUGCAUGGGUCUGCAUGUGCUGGGGUUUCGGUCUCACUAUCUCGGCCGGAAUUCUUCGCGUCGUCCUUACCGUUCCUGGUGACUGGGGCUGGCGGCUGCCCAUCUCACUCCAGUGGAUCUGGCCGUUACCUCUCUUCAUCGCCGCCUAUUCUGCGCCUGAGUCGCCCUGGAAUGCGGUUCGCCGAGGAAACAUUGAGGAAGCUCGCAAGAGCUUACACCGUCUGCGCAAUGCCGACGGAAACAACGACCACGAGGUCGAGACUACCCUGGCUUACAUCCGCUACACAACCGAGCUAGAGCGCGCGGAAACGGAAAACGCAAAUUUCAUCGACUGCUUCAAGGGCACUAAUCUACGCCGCACUGAGAUCAACAUCGUCGUUUGGUGUGCGCAAAUCUUGUGUGGCAACGCGAUCCAGGGCUUUGCUAUCCUGUUUCUUCAAUCUGCCGGCUUCAGCGUCGAGCAGUCAUUUGAUCUCAACAUCUCGCUCAACGCCUGCUUCAUCAUCGGUGGCUUCAUCUGCUGGCUGCUCUUCCCCCAUUUUGGUCGCGCGACCAUCUACAUGAGCGGCUUGACGUACAUGUUCUUCUCACUCAUCGUUAUCGGUGGCUUGGGCUUUGCCCACUCUUCCGCGGCCCGUCUCGCCAUAGGCAUUGUCAUGAUUGUAUGCCAGCUGGUGAACGUCAUCACCAUUGGCCCUGUCGCCUACCCAAUUGUGGCCGAGACGCCUUCUGGCAAGCUACGUUACAAAACCAUCACCAUUGGUCGCUUCGCAUAUGUCUGCACGGGUAUCGUCAAUAACAUCAUCACCCCACGAAUGCUUUCCCCUGAUGAUUGGAACUGGGGUGCCAAAGCUGCUCUCUUCUACGCCGGCACUAAUCUCCUUUGCAACAUAUGGUGCUGGUUCCGUUUGCCCGAAACCAAGGACCGCCCCUUUGGUGAGAUCGAUCUACUCUUUGACAACAAAGUGCCCGCUCGCAAGUGGAAAUAUACCAAUGUCGACCAGUUUGCCGACAUCGAUCGUCACAUAUCGAAAGAGAAACACGACAUCGUCACCACAACCACAAUCGAGAAUGCUUGA